AUGUACGGCUGCACACUCGGAGGUCCUGGGUUCGAGUCCCGGGUCGGGCCGAGUUUAGUUAUUGAGUCUUUCUGUAUAGUAAGUCUCAGUAAUAGCCCGGAGUUGGGAAGAGUGCUCAUAGAGCACGUAAAGCCAACGGUCCUGCGCCUCAACUCUCACCGGUCGUGUCGAGUAGUCGUCCCACCGGAGAAUGAGUGUAACAGGAAUAGAGAGUGCACGUUGUGUCUGCGCUUGUGCACUAUAAUAUCUCCUGCGCAGCUGGCUAGUCUCAAUAAGAUUGGCCGCCGUGGCCGGAAUCGGUCAGGAGAGAACAUCAACAUACAGAUAAAUAAAAUUGAAGUGUCUGAUCUCAAAAAGAUAAAAUGUUCC